AUGGAGGAGAGUGUGGAAGAUGGUUUGGAUCCAGGAGGGGCUAGACCUUCAGAUCGUGGGAAACAAAUGAAAAUCUUAGAUUUUUUCAAGGCUAGGCCAUUGGAGAAGGAGAACGAUGCAUCAGGGAAGGUUUUUAUUGCUUUGAUGGGAAAAGGUUUUGCUAUGUUCCGCGCCGAGUUGGAAAGUGAUAUGACAAGGAUUUGGAGAAGAAGCCCAGUGAAGGUGCAGAAUCUAGUAAUCCCCUUCCAACGUUGGAGGCCCGGAUUCAAUAUUAACAAGAACCAGUUGUCGACAAAGCUGGUUUGGAUUCGAUUCCCUGGUUUACCUCUUGAGUGUUGGCAUGAGAAAAUUUUAUUAUCCAUGGCCAAGGCUGCAGGCAGGCCAAUUGCCCUUGAUCGCAGGACACUUAAUGGAAUGUAUGGUAAUUUUGCUAGAGUUCUGGUCGAAGUGGAGUUGGAAGGGAAGCGCGUGGACGAGAUUCAAGUCAAACAUAUGAAACAUGGCUCUGAGAAACCAUUCUGGUUUAAUCAAGAAAUCUUGUAUGAAGAUCGAAUGGGUCAUUGCGGUUUUUGUAAGAAGGUGGGGCAUACGAUCUCUACUUGUUUGGAGAAGAAGAGAGCUGACGCCAAUGAGGAAGAUGAGAGACAAGACGGUUGGUAA